CCCACUGAGCUCGCCUCCUCUUGCCACAGCACUAGCAGCCAUAACGCAACUCCCAGGGCGUGCGCCUCGCGACUCACAUGCCCGUCACAGGAGGAUUCUCCCGGAGAGACUAAGCGACAUGGCGGGGAGCGUGUGGUGGUCCAUCUGCAGUGCGAGAGCUCCGUGAGUAUCUCCUCUUCUCUUCUAAGUGCGGGGCGAGCGGUCGGAGCUCCAGGUACCCACGUACGAGUGUCAAACUCCCGUCGCUGCGCCGUAUCGAUUCUCGUAGCGCGUAGCAUCUCGAGGCCUUUUCAGUGGGUGGAGAAGGGAGGUCGGUCCGCGGAGUGGUUGGGAUCCCGGUUCCAAAGCUUGACGCGUUUGGAUGACGACUGGAUGAACGAUGCGUGUUUGGGAGCAUCGAGCAUCGGGUGGCUCCGUCCAAUCGAGCAGAAGUUGUUCGCGCCUGCGAAGAACGCAGUCAGGGUUACGGCUGGUCACGGCCUCUCGCUGCCUGCGCCCCCCCGCUCACGACCUCAUCCUGGUCGCGUGCCAUGUCCGAUCUCCCGCCUACAGUCUGUCGUCCAGUCGAGGCAGCGAACCAUCCCAGCUGUCGAUACAGAACCCGGCGUCCAUAUUCCCUUCCACCGGAUUGCCCGCCGAGUCGCCCAGAAAACAUCCUCACUCCGGUGUCGCUGCUCGACCACUCGAGUCCUUCUUAUCUCGUACGCCACGGCCGCCCAAUACACUCACCCUGCUGCUAGUCAGCACGUCCAGGCGACCUCUGACGCCAGGCUUCAGCUGCACCUCGUCCGUCGUCACGCUGUGUCUUCCCGUCGCAUGAUGCAGAGCCGUCUUCCGGGUACAGAUCCCUCUCUAGCCCCAGGCCGUCGAAGGAGCGUGGCAGAGACAGAACAGGACUUGAGGGGACCCGUUCGAAUUCGUCGUUGG